AUGGUUUUCAGUCGGCACCAAUGUAAGCCCAUUGACUUGAUACACCAUUUCAAACUCUUCAUCGGCACGCCCACCACACUUCGUCCGCCAUCGCCCUCGCCACCUGCCUCACGAGCCAUGGCGACCAGAGCGGAGCGCAGCAAGCCCGCCGUCGAGCGCACGCACUACACCUCCCAGCCCGUCGACAUUCCCGGCUCGUUCCUCACCACGCCGCCCUCGGCGCCCAUUACCCUGCAGCGCAUUCCCUUUGCCGACUCGCCGCUGCCCGAGUACGCGGGGUGCUUCGCGGUGCUCCUCGACAAUGUGCUCGCGCCGUGGGAGUGCGCCAAGCUGCUGCAGCUCGCGGAAGCCUCGGUGCCCGACGCCGAGGAGGGCGCGUCGCCGUGGCGCCCGGCGCUGGUCAACAUGGGGGAUGGGUACGAGGCCGCGGUGACGGACUACAGGAACAGCGACCGCAUCAUCUGGGAUAGCCAGACGGUCGUGGACAGGGUUUGGCAGAGAUGUCUGCAGGCGCGCGGGGAGGGCGAGGAGUCGAUGCGGGAGAUGCUGAGCGGGACGCCGGAGGGGAGGGAGGCGAAGAAGCAGAAUAGGACCUGGGGCGGGGAGUGGAAGUUUGAGCGCCUGAAUGAGCGGAUGAGGUUUUUGAAGUACACGAAAGGGCAGUUUUUCAAGCCUCACUGCGACGACGCGUAUUAUUUUGCUGCCGACGGGACGACGUUUGAGACGCAUUAUACGGUGCACCUGUAUCUGAAUGACUCGGCCAAGACGUCGGCGGACGGGAGUGGCUGUGUAGGCGGUGCGACGUCGUUUUUGUCGCACGAUUUGGAGCGCCGGCUGGACGUCGAUCCGAAAGCAGGCAGUGUGUUGAUUUUUCAGCAUGAGCAGCUGCUGCAUUCGGGCGAUGAGGUGCGCAGCGGGACAAAGUACACGAUGCGCACGGAUGUCUUGUAUCGUUGGGUGCGAGAGUAA